UAUCUGCUGGUUGCUUGCAGAAUAAACUUCUACGUCUUGCCAAGACUUCUUGAUUGAGUUAUCUGACUAGGGAACAACGAACCAGAAUAGCCUAUCGAGUCGCUGAAUCCUUGAUCCUUUGUUCCGUUCCGAAUGAGCCGAAUCAGUGAUUGCAUUCAAGCUUAAUGAACCUAACAAUUUUAUCGCUACAAAAAUCACUCAGCAUACAUAAAAAAAGAGAAAUUAAAAUGUUUGUUAUUGGCCGAAGCAACACCUUCUAUGAACUUCCAGUUUACUUUCAAUGAAAUGCAUCGUCUUUCUUUUAUUACAAUCAGUGGCGAGUUUAAUCUACGUAACUGAAUACAUUCUAUUACACCUCUACGUGAUCAAUAAGACAUACUUCUAAUCAAUUUUGUCAGAACAUCUACUAACAGUCAGUGGCAUAAUGUGGUGUAUAAAUGGAAUAGUUGCGGAUUCGUCCAGAAGUUACAAUUUCAUAUUAACCGAUGAUGAUAUCGUUUUACCGAAUCUUUUUUUGAAAUAGAAUUCGAGUGUAAAAGUGUAAACUUUUACAAUCAAAGUAGUUUGUGCUACUUUCAUUCUAAACAAGCACAUCAAACAAUGAAACGUUGACAACCGAUAAACAGAUUAGCAUAGGCAACAAUCUGUUUAUUCGCAAACACAUGAGCACACAGUUUGGAAUACUAGUUAGUCAAUCACCCAGUUUAGAAUGCUGUUAAUCAGACCCGAGAGACGUUGCAUCAAUAAGUGUCAGGAAUGUCAACCAACGGUGGAUAAAUAUCAGCCCAUGUUCUCAAUAGCUAGAAGAAUAUUGAAUAACAAUGAGUUCAUCUAACACCAUGAUUGGUUAACAAUGAACAUAUGAUUUUAUCAAAUAUGAUCUUCUCAAUGGUCACUUUGAAUCAUCGAAUCAUGAAGAAACAAUAAAUCACUUUAAAAGUAUAUAUGAACCUGACAAUUUCUAUUAGAAGUUGACUUACUACAUUGAACGAGAAGAUGAGAUACAAUUUCUCUUCUGGUCUAUCGAUAACACUUUGUUUUAUCGCUGUCUUGUUUUACGAAUUCUUCGACUGUCAAGACAUCUGUCAACAACCUCAAUUAAAGGACUAUAAAAAAGUAGUUUAUGAAAAUGGUUCAUAUCUAAAUUCUCAUCAUUAUAAUUACUCAAUGCGAGUUAGACUUGAUCAGCCUAAUCCACUUGUGAAUUGCAGUCUCAAAAAAUUCUCUUUGAAUGAAAUAGUUACACCGAAAUUCUCAUUCAAAUAUUACGAUAGUGACGUUCAUGUUUUUGAUGUUUUUUCGGAUGGUUACAUACUUAUGAGAAGUGGUAUCUACCUCGGACAAUUUUCAAUUUUUACAUCAGACAACUUUGAUCGUGAAUUUGAAGUUUUGGAAAGGGAUGAAUUAUUCGCUGCCCGAUGGUUCUAUAAAGUAGAUAAUGUUACACGCACGAUAACUGGUCUGAUACAUCCGAGUAGGAAGAUAUCUAUCUAUUAUGAGGACGUAAGUUGCACAAUUGAAUGGAUAUAUAAUUUUGUUUCAAGUAGUUCUGAUUAUUCUACUAUUUCAUAAUAAUCAAUACUGUCACAUGUAUCAGUUUAAAUUGGACACGAUAGAAAGUGAUUAAAAUUUUGUUAUGUGCAAGCAGACAAUUUGACACUAUUGGUAACCUUGCAAUGGCACACAUUAUUCAAGCAAUUGUUGAAAACAGUAAACAAUUAGCAAGCAGAUGCUAUCAGAAGAAACAACUAUGUCUUCAUGCCAAAUGGUAACAAACAGUAUAUGUUAGAGCACUUUAUAGAAAGAGUCGCAUUCUGCCAGGCUAUAUUUCAUCUUCUGAAGAUUAGUUAUUCAGAACAUUCACUGUCGGACAUUCCAAGCACAGCAUCCUUGCAGUUAUUCACAAUCAAAUUUCAAUCCAAAUGGCGUAGUUGUUCAUUUCACAGAGUGUCACCUUAUUCCAUGUGAUUUGGCCACCCGUUCGAAUAUCUGAACUAACUGUUCCUCACAUCAACAUGUCUCAACAGGUUGCCUCUCUCUUGUUUAUUUCAUCACAUCUUUCCGUCUAUCAAUCGCAUAACCCAUUUAAGUGCGCUUAUGAAAGACUCACGAUUUUACGUCUUACAACGUACAAAAAGUGCAAUCAAAGAUAUUGUGAUGGAUGUCAGUAUGCAUUGAAAAAAUUAUCAUUGUUCUGAUGUGCAUUCCUGAACUGAUAACAUUCAACUGGUGAUCGCUGAAUAUGCUAUAGUCAGAAUACAUGAAGAAAUAAGGGAAGGAAACUUGUUUAAAUACUUUGUGCUGAGAAUCGCAUAUUGUGCCAAAAAUAUAAUAAUGAACAAAGCCACAAGACAGAAGUUGACAACUGAAGUAAUUCAAAAUAACUCUGUAGAUUGAAUGGAACACAUCUUUAUGACAACUGAGAUUAUCAGUGUGGUUGCGUGUCUUUAAAUAAGAUAAUCCGAUUGAUAACACAUAAGUUCGGUAAUUAAUUGGUUAACAGAUCUUCACCAUAAGCUUAAAUACGCUUUUUUUCAGAUUCCUACGCAAAUUACAAAAAGUGUGCUGCAACCGGAAUUCCUCGGUUCAUUUCAGUGUGAAACAAGUAGGAAACAUUUAAACGAAUGUUGUUAACAUUUUGAUGUACGGUGAUAUAUAUCAUCAAUCAUAAGUAUGAUGAAACUCACUUAACCAGAUGUCUCGAGUAAAAUAACCAAGUUGUAUGACUAUCUACAUCGCAAAAGUGUGAACGGUAAUUCAGAGUCAUCUCCCGCUUAUGGUUACGGAUUGACUGAUCAAGGCAGGGAUAUGUGAAUGACGGUAUUAUUCAGAAAAUAUAUCCACUGAUUUAUUCACUUACUCACUCACAGUACUACAAUCACACUUGCAGUCCUCAAUCACAACAUCACUUAUUGUAUGAGGAAGUGUGCUUUGUGUGAAACAAAAAUGAACGUGUGAUACUUGGAACUGACAUUUCAUUUAUAAAAUGCUCAAUCGUCAUGGUUCGAUGAGAUAGUCGUUUGUUCUUGAAAGAUGAAUCUGAGUUUGGAGACAAACGAUGAGUAUGAAACGAGACAUGAAAUAUUUGUUGAUCCGAAAUGGAUCAGAAGUGGCACUUUAUUGGAGUUUGAAGCCAUCGGGACAACUUGUGCAAAAUACAACUCGACUAAAGCAUGUCAAAGCGCAUCAACAUCGAAUGUGACAUGCAUUUGGUGUGAAAAAGCUAACACAUGCAUUGAAAGUAAUGAUCAGAAUACUCAUCAGCUUAAAGUAAAUGAUUGCCGUGUUGAGAAUAGCACGGAUGUUAAUGAUUUGAGCACAGCAACACCAAUCAAACACAUUGAAACAACUUUGGGGAUCACCGAAAUUCAGGUCAGUGAAAAAUUGAAGGAAACUACCGGAGACACUUAUCAAUACUCGAUUAUGACUACCCAAAUAACCAAAGAGAAUAACCGGGACCAAUCGUUUCAAUGUUUACAUAUUUUGAUACCCUUGACGGUCUCCUUUUUUACUGUCUGCAUCGGUUGUCUUAUUUGGAGAUGGUUGUAUAAGAAGUAGUAAAGUUGUUCAUGAUUCUCAGAAACGUCUUAUAUUUUGUUCUUCUUAUUCUGACCAAGUUGUUUCUAUUCUGUAUUUCAUUAGAAAACUUUAGAUUUAUUUAUUCAUUUCAGUAAUUUAGACAAUUUCUUUAUGGAUUCAUGUACCAUUCUUAGCUGAUUAACGUAUUAACUGGUGGAAUACUGUUGAUAAAACACCAAACAUGGUUCCCUAUAUUUGCGUCAUUGUUUUCACUCAAUAAAUAAUGAUUUGUUUCACAAGC